CCCUGUCAUCCUGCGGCGGCUGCGGCUUCUUCCUACCUGUGCUGCCCUCAACGUCUCCGCGGUUCACGGUGGCCUCCCCGCUCCUUCCUUGACUUUCCGCCGCUGCCCCAGGCUCUGGACCGGGCCGGAGACGCCGGUGUCCCAGCCCCGCUGUAGUCCCGACGGCCCGGACCGCCGCCCCCUCGCCCGCGUCCUUCGGGUGCGUCGUCGGGUCCCCUGGGGUCGGUAGGUCAGACGGUCCGCGGGUAAUUUGGCCUCGGGCACCUGUCCAGAUCAUAAAGUGUUGAUGACCAAAAUGGAUAUUCGAGGUGCUGUGGAUGCUGCUGUCCCUACCAAUAUCAUUGCAGCCAAGGCUGCAGAAGUUCGUGCCAACAAAGUGAACUGGCAGUCAUAUCUUCAGGGCCAGAUGAUAUCUGCUGAAGAUUGUGAAUUUAUUCAAAGAUUUGAAAUGAAAAGAAGUCCUGAAGAAAAGCAAGAGAUGCUUCAAACUGAAGGCAGCCAGUGUGCUAAAACAUUUAUAAAUCUGAUGACUCAUAUCUCCAAAGAACAGACGGUGCAAUACAUACUAACGAUGGUUGAUGAUAUGUUACAGGAAAAUCACCAGCGUGUCAGUAUUUUCUUUGAUUAUGCGAAACGUAGCAAGAGUACUGCAUGGCCCUACUUUCUGCCAAUGUUGAAUCGUCAGGAUCCCUUUACUGUUCAUAUGGCAGCAAGAAUUAUUGCCAAAUUAGCAGCCUGGGGGAAAGAACUGAUGGAAGGUAGUGACUUAAAUUACUAUUUCAACUGGAUAAAAACUCAGCUGAGUUCACAGAAACUGCGUGGUAGCGGUGUUGCUGUUGAAACAGGAACAGCCUCUUCAAAUGAUAGUUCUCAGUAUGUACAGUGUGUGGCUGGAUGCCUACAGCUGAUGCUCCGGGUCAAUGAGUACCGCUUUGCCUGGGUGGAAGCAGAUGGGGUAAACUGCAUAAUGGGAGUUUUGAGUAACAAGUGUGGUUUUCAACUCCAGUAUCAAAUGAUUUUUUCCAUAUGGCUCCUGGCAUUUAGUCCUCAAAUGUGUGAACACUUGCGGCGCUAUAAUAUCAUUCCUGUUGUGUCUGACAUCCUUCAAGAAUCUGUCAAAGAGAAAGUGACAAGAAUCAUUCUUGCAGCAUUCCGUAACUUUUUAGAAAAAUCAACAGAAAGAGAAACUCGCCAAGAAUAUGCUCUGGCUAUGAUUCAGUGCAAAGUUCUCAAACAGUUGGAGAAUCUGGAACAACAGAAAUAUGAUGAUGAAGAUAUCAGUGAAGACAUCAAAUUUCUUUUGGACAAACUUGGUGAGAGUGUCCAGGACCUUAGUUCCUUUGAUGAAUACAGUUCAGAACUUAAAUCUGGAAGGUUGGAAUGGAGUCCUGUGCACAAAUCUGAGAAAUUUUGGAGAGAGAAUGCUGUGAGGUUAAAUGAGAAGAACUAUGAACUCCUGAAAAUCUUGACAAAGCUUUUGGAGGUAUCAGAUGAUCCGCAAGUCUUAGCUGUUGCUGCUCAUGAUGUUGGGGAGUAUGUGCGGCAUUAUCCCCGGGGCAAGCGUGUUAUUGAGCAACUGGGCGGGAAGCAGCUGGUAAUGAACCACAUGCACCAUGAAGACCAGCAGGUCCGAUACAACGCCCUACUGGCUGUGCAGAAGCUCAUGGUGCACAACUGGGAAUAUCUUGGUAAACAACUCCAGUCAGAGCAGCCUCAGACUGCUGCCGCCCGAAGCUAAGCUGGCCUCUUUGACCUUCCUCUGUGCCUCUCUGGCGGACCACUUGGGUUGGGAACCUCAGUACUUAAGGUCAAGAAUAUGUAGUUUUAAAAUUUGCUAGUAAUUUUUUCUUCUUUUGUGUAGCUUUUUCCAGUGCUAAUUUAAAAAAAAAAGUGGUGUUUGCCUGUGAUGAUGUAACUUUCUGUGUCUAAGGAAAGCAUUAGUGUUACAUAUAUUGCUUGCAAUUUCUGUAUUUAUUGUUCUAUAGAAAUAAAUAGAAUUAUUAAAGGAU